AGAGAGAGAGAGAGAGAGAGAGAGAGAGAGAGAGAGAGAGCAGGGUAACUUCCACUCUGCGAGAGACAGUGUGUGAGAGACAGGAGGAAGCGGUACACGACACAGAGAGGGGGACCCCGAGACAUAGCCCCCCUCCACCUCCUGCUUUUAAGCCUUUCACCCUUUAAAGAAGUCUCAGCCAGAAACUGUGCAUAAGACGAAGGCGACUUUCGGAGAAUUAUUAUUAAUAAGAGUAAUAAUAAUAAUAAUAAUAGCAAUAACACUGCAACAUUGAUUGGUUUUGCAGUCACAAUGAAGAAGAAUAACUCGGCUAAACGGGGCCCCCAGGAUACCAGCCAGCCGGCUUCCCAGCCCGAGAAAAUCGGCUGGAUCCGUAAAUUCUGUGGAAAGGGAAUCUUCCGGGAGAUCUGGAAAAACCGUUUCGUGGUGCUGAAAGGAGACCAGCUUUACAUUUCUGAAAAAGAGGUGAAGGAUGAGAAGAAGAUCCAGGAGGUGUUUGACCUGACGGAUUACGAGAAAUCCGAGGAGCUGCGGAAAUCCAGGAGCCGGAGCAAGAAGAACCACAGCAAGUUCACCCUGCUGAGGAGCAGAGAGCCGGGGAACACGGUUCCUAACCUAGUGUUCUUGGCAGUCAGUCCUGAGGAGAAGGAAUCCUGGAUCAAUGCCGUGAACGGAGCGAUCACCCGGGCCAAGAACCGCAUCCUGGACGAGGUCACAGUGGAAGAAGACAGCUUCCUCGCCCACCCAACCAGGGAUCGAGCCAAGAUCCAACACACCCGGCGGCCGCCCACUCGCGGGCAUCUCAUGGCCGUGGCAUCGACCUCCACGUCAGACGGCAUGCUGACCUUGGACCUCAUCCAGGAAGAAGAGUCCCCCUGCGAGAGAGCCGUCCCACAGAGAGAAGGGGGCCGAUCCGAAAGCCUGCCCCGGAGGAGCGAGAUCACCUGGGAGAGGGAGCAGCAGGAUGACCCCCGGCCCUACACCCCGCAGGCCGGCAAAAAACUCUGCCCCAGCGAAAAGAACAAGUGCGCCUCUCUGGACGAGAUCCUGUCCCGCUCGGAGCACAGCCCCCCUGCUGGGCCCCCCCUCAGCCAGCUGCAGGAGCUCAUAGCCCACAAACUGGAGAGAACGCAGGCUCUGCUGGCCCAGGUUACACUCCAGGAACAGGGGCGCAAGGGCAAGGCAGCGAAGGACUCGGAGGCGGAGCGGCUCCUGCAGGAAGCAGUGUGCACCUGGGGCCAGGCCAGAGAGGUGCUGGGGGAGGUGCAGGAGCUCCGGGCUCUGUACCAGCAGCUGGGCCCGUCCCACUCGCUCUCCCCCAGACUCAAGAGCCCCGAGCAGACUACCAACAGGAAGAGCCUCAUGUGAUCUGGGUGGCCCGCACUCUUCUCUCUUUGAUUAUUUUUUCUGCCCCACCCACUGCCCCUCUGCAGUUGCUUCCCCUGUUUCAGGGUUUGUGAGCAGCCCAGCUUGCUAUUCAUGUCCAGGUCUUCUGCCUUUUCCAUUGAUCCAGCUCUGAGUUUACAAUCGGCCAGCGGUGUGGUGCAGGGGUGCUGACGUGCGCAGAGAAGUAAGCAUCCUGAAGGGGGCGCAAGCUAAAUCAGCACAUGAUCUUAUCCUGCAGUGAACUGUGUACUGAGGAUACAGCACUGUGCCGUUUUUUUUCCUCCUCUGUUCUGGAAUACAGAUUUGUGAAUACCUUGCUGUGGACAUGGAAGGGUAAAUGGUAAUCCCAGUAGACUGUAGCCGGUAUGCAGGGACGCACACAAAUCUGUCUGCCACUGGCUCACGAAGUAAGACUUCGGAUAGUGAAACAGUGGUCACUCACUGGGAGUCGGC